AUGCCUCUCUUUGCCACAGUUUUCAAGAAGUCGACACAGCCGCAGUGUUACAAGACGCUCACUCGUUUAACCACAUACAGUGGUUCCAUUCAUGCACUUGCCAUUUCUAAUGAUGGGCGUAUUCUUGCAGGUGGUGGCACGAAGGGCAUGAAGCUCUGGGAUAUUAAUUCUCGCAAGGAACUCCCAUGUUCGUCUCAUCAUGAAUACAGGGGAAUGGUUAGUUGUGCAGUCUGGGCCACAACGAGGCAAACCGCAGCCGCAGUAGAGACCCUCUGUUACGGAACAGGCCUGGGUUAUAUCACAUUUUUGCGACGUGGUCACAUAGAUGAGAUUUGCGCAAGGAGACUUGGAUCAGGUUUUGAGAUUACUUGCCUGUCAUGUCAUCCAACUUCUUCUGAAGGCAACAUACGAAUUGCACUCCAGUCUGUCUUCGCAGUGCAGCUUGAAAAUACAGUACCCAAGUCUGUAGCAUUUGUGGAUAACAGAACCAUCUACAUCUUCGGGCUGUAUGACGGCAAAUUCAUGAAACUGGAGGAAGAAGAUGGUACUAUAGUGGAGGAGAUUAGCUGCAAAUCAAUGAUUUGGACAUCGCAUAGCGCUAUCGCAUAA